UCAUCAAGCGGCGCCGGAAGUGCCUUUGCGCUGCCUAGGAGACGGGACGCGGGCCCUCGGCUGACAGGGCCCGGCUGGCCGCGCCCACCCCGGUCGCCAUGGAGCUGCCCCCAGGGCCGCGAGACGAUCCCCGCGCCUGGGAAGAUGACUCGGACCCGGAGUCGGAGCCCGACCCCGACGCGCAGGCCGAGGCUUACGUGGCCCGCGUGCUCAGUCCGCCGAAAGUCGGGGAGGGGCCCCCACGCGCCCCUUUGCUGUCCGCGCCCGUCGCAUCCCCUGGCGCCCUGGAGCCGCGGGCGGCGUCCAAGGGUGCGCCCGUGGGGGUCCCGGGACUGCUGAGCCUUCCUCCGGAGCUGCUGCUCGAGAUCUGCGCCUACCUAGACGCCCGCCUGGUGCUCCACGUCCUGCCACGCGUGUGCCACACGCUGCGCGACCUCGUGCGUGACCGGGUCACCUGGAGGCUACGCGCGCAGCGCCGCGUGCGCGCGCCCUACCCAGUGGUAGAAGAGGAGGACUUUGACUGGCCGACAGCCUGCAUCGAGCUGGAGCAGCACCUGUCACGCUGGGCGGAGGAUGGGCGCUGGGCUGAGUACUUCUGUUUGGCCGAUGGGCACUUUGCUUCUAUUGACUCGGUGUUGCUGCUCCAGGGCGGUGCGUUCUGUCUGUCAGGCUCCCGAGAUCGCAAUGUCAAUCUGUGGGACCUGCGGCAGCUGGGGGUGGAACCCAGCCAGGUUCUAGUCAAGGCCUUGGGCACCGAGAAGAACAGCACCCACAAGGGCUGGGUGUGGUCGCUGGCGGCGCUGGACCACCGCGUGUGCUCUGGUUCCUGGGACAGCACGGUGAAGCUCUGGGACAUGGCAGCUGAUGGGCAGCAGUUCGGCGAGAUCAAGGGCAAGGCGGCUGUGCUCUGCUUGUCCUACCGGCCUGACAUCCUGGUGACUGGCACCUAUGACAAGAAGGUGACCGUCUACGACCCCAGAGUUGGCCCGACCCUGCUGAAGAGCCGACGGCUGCACUCCAGUGCGGUGCUGGCGCUGCUGGCUGACGACCGGCACAUCAUCUCGGGCAGCGAGGACCACACGCUCGUGGUGUUCGACCGUAGGGCCAACAGCGUCCUGCAGCGGCUGCAGGUGGACCCUCCCCGGGGGAGCCGCAGGGACCGGGCAUGGGGUGGUGGCUUGGCCCGGCCUGAGCUGCUCUGUCCCGCAUUCCUCCUGCAGCUGGACUCCUACCUGCUCUGCAUGUCCUACCAGGAGCCCCAGCUCUGGGCUGGUGACAACCAGGGCCUGCUGCACGUCUUCGCCAACCACAACGGCCGCUUCCAGCUCGUCCGGUCUUUUGACGUGGGCCACAGGUCUCAGAUCACAGGGAUCAAACACUCACUGGGGGCCUUGUACACCACAUCCACCGACAAGACCAUCCGGGUGCACGUGCCUACGGACCCGCCGAGGACCAUCUGCACCCGAAGCCACAACAACGUGCUGAAUGGGGUAAGGCCCUGCCCCGUGCGCGUUGUCCAGGUGCCCAGAGCGCCCCUGACUCCCUCUGCCCUGCAUCCCCAGAUCUGCGCAGAGGGCAACCUGGUGGUCGCUGCCUCUGGAGGCCUGUCACUGGAGGUCUGGAGGCUGCAGGCCUGAGCAGGAGGAUGCGGACGUGGAUCUGCCGACCCACAGGCUGGGCCGUGGCCUCUGUUCUCGGGGGACCAUCCCCCCUGUGCUGGUGCUGCCCCUGCCCUGUCCCGAAGCCCUGAGGCACAAGGAGUCUGGGCCGUGGUGAGCUGUGCCCCACAGGCCAUGGCCCACGCCAGGGGAGGUGAGCCUGGUGUUCAGGCCCACCCAGGGGACUGCUCCCCUCCCUGGGGCCCUGUUUUUGUUAGGAUUUGGAUACCUGCUUUCCUUCCAGAGCGAAGGAGAAAUAAACCUGAUGUACUGGUGUCCCUCGA